UUCACCUGUCCUCCUCUCUCUUUACCCUGCGGCAGGCAGGAAGCAUGGCCACCGCGUCCAACCUGACGCGGGCGCUGGAGGACGCCUUCAGGAGGAUCUUCGUCACGUACAUGGACAGCUGGCGCAGGAACAUGACGGCCAAGCAGGACGCCGUUCAGGCCAAGGUGGAGGGGGAGAACUUCUACUACGUCAUCUUGUACCUCCUGGUGAUGAUCGGCAUGUUCUCCUUCAUCGUCGUGGCCAUCCUGGUGAGCACGGUCAAGUCCAAGCGGCGGGAGCACUCCAACGACCCCUACCACCAGUACAUCGUGGACGACUGGCAGGCCAAGUACAAGAGCCAGGCCACGCACCUGGAGGAGGCCAGGGCCGCCGUCCACGAGAACCCGGGCGCGGUGGGGUUCCAGAUAUCCCCGUGACGGGCGAGGAAGCCGACCUCCGACACCCAGACGCGGGGACACGCUCGUGCCACGCCGCCCGUCCACACGGCCACCGCCCGGCCGACGCGACUUCCUCGCCCUCUGCUGGGACUUGUCCUGCGUGUCACGUGGCUGGUCGCCGAAGACAGGGACACCUCUCCCUCGGGGACGGAUGCUUGCUCUUUGGAGCAGGACUGGGGGCCGAAGACGUCUUUUCCGUGCCGUGGAACUGUCGUUUUAGUUGGUGUCACAGUGGUGGAAACACAGCCCAAC